AUGAAGCGAGUGGCGAGGUUUCACAGGGCAAGUUUUGCACGGGAAACGUUUGGCCGUCAGAAACGAAAUUCUGUGGGUGGGGAAGUGGACUAUGGUUUUCCCACAGGAUCCAUUGAAUGCCCAAGGCAAUGGGAAACGGCGAGCGAGUCCAAUGCUCGAGGGAAUCCGGAGGAAAGGAAGUGGAGGGGUGGAAAAUCGGAUGCUUCUCGGAAGAAACGACAGGUUCUUCUUCACUGCUUUGGUCCAGUCAUCACUGUCGUCGUCGUCAUCCGCGAUAUCAGGGGCAUCGGACGCAAAGUUGCGCAGUAUGAAUACCAGAAAAUCUAA